AUGGUCCGAGAAUCUGCCCCUCCACAAGAGAGUUCUAUGGACGGAGAGAUGAUUGACGUUUUGAUCAUCGGCUCUGGACCUCACGCUUUGACCCUGUCCACGCUGCUCUGUGGCCUGAGCCCCUCACCUCUCACUGGGCAGGAUGCUGCAAUGUCGCCCCCGAGUUCAGAAACCCCCAAGCUUCACAAAGCACCGGGUCGCAGCCGCAGGAGGAGCAGAACUUCAACAGCUGCAGCAGGAGUGGAGCUUCCAGCCCCCACACAGGCCUCGCUGGCCCCUGGCUGCAGGCUCUCGGUGGUGGACUCGUAUGGGCGCUGGGCAGCUCUGUGGGAGGGUCAGUUUGCAGCUCUCAACAUCCCUCACCUGCGCUCGCACGCUCUGGUGCACACGGACCCCUUCCACAAGACAGCCUUACAGGACUUUGCAGUGGAGUCUGGCCGGUCCUCUGAGCUCCACUCUCUCCCAGAUAAAGUUUACAUUUUGGAUGAAAACGCGUAUUUCAACGACAUGCGUCUGGGGAAGAAGGAGAAGAGGCGCCUCAAUGUCUCGUCCACGUUGAAGAACAACCCGAGCUUCGGUCUCCCCUCGACCAAACUCAGCGUGGACUUUUUCCAAAACCAGGUCACGGUCUGA